UUUAUUUGCGUAACCCUGUCGCCACGCGCAUCUACACAUAAAACCAAGGCUCACAAUUUGCGCAAAUAGCGUUACAAAGGUCCGUAGUGACAAAGACAGCGAGCUGAGGAGGAAGGAAUAAAGAAGAAUUUCAGGCUUGGACUGCCACUUCCCGAAGAACGAAACGCACAGAGUUUCUUCAAGACCCGUAUUUGGACGUCGCGGUGUAUGGAGUUCGGACAAAUUUGAAGGGCCGUAGAAAUCGUUCACGUUUUGAUUGGGCAACUGGCAGAUUUUUCCGUUUGAAUCGUCCGUAGGGUAGGAGAGCGAGCAGCCAUGGCGGUCGGGUCAUUGAGUCUUCACAUCGGAAUAUAAAGAGGAACUGCAUGGCCCUGCAUCUAUAGGAAUAUACAGCAACCAUUCCCCAUGUCUGACCGUCUCACUUUUGUCAUUUUGUGUUCAACCGUGACCACGUUAGAGAAAUCAAACCAGCAGUGCAGUGGGUUUAUUCGGAGGCCAGCUUCAUGAUUAUUUUAUUUGGAAGACGUGUCUCCAAGGCCUAGCAACUGAAGGAAAACGAGGGCUCAAAGGGAAAUAGGAUGCUUUGAAUUACUGUUAGUGGACGAAAAAGGGUGAUUGAUAGACUAAAUAACGGCUGUCAAGGCUCGUGGACAGAGGAGUUGAUUUAAAAAAAUCAUAUUGUGAAUAAUCAAACAUUCAUAUUAAGGAACUGUUAUUUUUUGGAUGCAAAGGUUUAGAAAGAUAAACCUACCAAGACAUCUACACUCACGUAGUCUACAGUAUUUGAUUCGGGGAUUGGAUCAUGUCUGGUCGGCCCAGAACCACCUCCUUCGCAGAGAGCUGCAAACCAGUGCCGCAGCCCUCGGCUUUUGGCUCUAUGAAAGUCAGCAGGGACAAGGAUGGCAGUAAGGUGACGACGGUGGUGGCCACCCCAGGCCAAGGGCCCGACAGGCCCCAAGAGGUCAGCUAUACAGAUACCAAGGUGAUUGGGAAUGGCUCCUUCGGAGUGGUCUACCAGGCCAAGCUGUGUGACUCUGGAGAACUGCUGGCGAUCAAGAAGGUUCUGCAGGACAAGCGGUUUAAGAACCGCGAGCUGCAGAUCAUGAGGAAGCUGGACCACUGCAACAUCGUUCGCCUGCGCUACUUCUUCUACUCCAGCGGAGACAAGAAGGAUGAGGUGUAUCUGAACCUGGUACUGGACUAUGUUCCUGAGACGGUCUACAGAGUGGCCAGACACUACAGCCGAGCCAAACAGACCCUACCCAUGGUCUAUGUCAAGUUAUAUAUGUACCAGUUGUUCAGGAGUCUGGCCUACAUCCACUCGUUUGGGAUCUGCCAUCGGGACAUCAAACCCCAGAACCUGCUUCUGGACCCCGAGACGGCCGUGCUCAAACUCUGUGACUUCGGCAGCGCUAAGCAGCUGGUACGUGGAGAGCCCAACGUGUCCUACAUCUGCUCUCGCUACUACAGAGCCCCCGAGCUCAUCUUUGGUGCCACCGACUACACCUCUAGCAUAGAUGUGUGGUCAGCUGGUUGUGUGCUAGCAGAGCUGUUGCUAGGGCAACCAAUCUUCCCCGGCGACAGUGGAGUGGAUCAGCUGGUGGAGAUCAUCAAGGUUCUGGGGACCCCUACACGGGAGCAGAUCCGAGAGAUGAACCCCAACUACACUGAGUUCAAGUUCCCCCAGAUUAAGGCACAUGCAUGGACUAAGGUGAGUCAACAGGUGUUCCGGCCCCGUACGCCACCGGAGGCCAUCGCCCUGUGUUCUCGGCUGCUGGAGUACACGCCCACCUCGCGCUUCACCCCCCUGGAGGCGUGUGCACACUCCUUCUUCGACGAGCUGAGGGACCCCAACGUCAAGCUGCCCAACGGGCGAGAAAAACCCUCCCUCUUCAACUUCACCACGCAUGAGCUGUCCAGUAAUCCCUCGCUGGCCAACAUCCUAAUCCCCGCCCACGCCCGCACUCAGGCCGCCGCCUCCACCCCAUCCAACGCCAACGCCACCACAGAUGGUAACAGCACAGAUCGCAGCCCUAACACUAUUACUGCCUCCGCCUCCGCCUCCACCUCCUGAACCCCCCCGCCCCAGCCAGGGGUGAUGCCAGUGGAGGGAUGAUGACAUGGCAGGGUUUAAAGCAGAUGACAACUACAACAACAACUCUAAGUCACCCAUCUAGGUGUUUGAUUUCUGCAACCUACUCCACUGUGGACAUCAUUAUUGUCUGUUAGAAGGAAGGAGUGGUGGGGGACAGGGGUGGCUGAUGAAAUAUAAGAGUAUUCAUAUAUAAACGUACCCUAUAUACACAAUACUAGCCUGCUAAUGUUUCCAAGAGGACAAUCCUACGUAUCAAAGUAGUUAGCUGACCCCACACCCUCCUCUUCCCUGUCCACAAUGAAGCCCACCCCCCACACACACACACACACACACACACGCUCAUUCACACAAGGGAUCAAUCCCUUCCUCAUGCCCUCUCCAUAACCCACCCCUUCAUGUUCUCAUCACUUACCUCUGACCCCCUGCUUGGGAUGUCUACCCUGGCUCCUCCUCCUGUAGUGCAUGGCCUGAGUAAGGUUAGGAGUGCCUAGAGUGACCUUUUACCGCUGCAUUGACCUCCAUACUUCUGCUAAUUAGGCAUAAGACACACACACUUAACAUUCUUACAAACACACCCCAUGCAUGAAGGUCCUGAUAUAUGUGGACACGGAUGUCAGAGGUUUGCUCUGGGUUAUUUUGAAACGGUUAGCGAACAGUUCUAUUCUGUUUUUAUUUUUGUUUUAUAUUCUCUGGGCUCGGGUUGGGUGGGAUCAUUUAGAUUGAUAUGCGUGACAUGUCUGGUUCUGUGUGCUUGUGUUAUAUAUAUAUAUAUACACACACAGUUUAUAUAUUAUGUUGCAUUAUGUACAAAAAUAUAUAUAGAUAUAUGAAACUUCAAUGGCUCAGAAUCCAUAACGGUAAGUUGUUGGCUCACAGAGCAGGGGCAAUAUUUGCUGCUGCCUAAAGACAUGAAGAGGCAAGGUGGUGGGAUCUCUAUUGCUGGAAAAAUAGUCUUUUUUUCAGCAGUCCCUUUACUAUUUCCCUGUGUGUCAUCAUUGGUAUGUUAAGGCUGUAGACCGGACCACGUGUUGCUCUAUUCCUUAACUUUCUCUCUCCAUUGAUCAUGUCACUGUGUAGUAGUGCUGUCAGUUUCUAGGGGAUGCCUCCCCCACACCUGCUCUGUCUUUACAUGAAGACAUUUUAAAGUCAUGUAUACUUUUCCUUCAACUCAUGUGCCAAACUCCAGAUCAACAGCUAGCGUCUACCCUCUAGGCACUUGAUUUGGAAUUUCAGACAUGGUUUCUGGUGUUCUUAUCUCGGCCUCUGUCACUCCUGGCUCUCUCUUAUUGUGACCACUGACUCAGUGUUUGUCUAAUAUUAAUCUGUUGGUCCAACGUUAAUUUAACGUUAGUCUAGCGUUCAUCUCUCCACCUGGACCACACAACCACCUCACUGGUACAGGCUCUGAGUCGAGUGUCUUACUUACCCAGACAUAUUCACACAGGUUCAAUAUGACAACACAACUACACAAUGUGUAUAUGUACAGUUCAUACGCCCCUCACCAAAUCCUGACUUAUGUAUGUUGUAUUUUAUGUUGUGAUUGUGGUAUGUGUAUAUAUGCAGACCCAUGUACUGUUUAUGAGCAAAAACAAAGAUAUGGGAGAGAAAAUAAAUGAAAAUAAGAAAAAAAUCAGGGCAAUAUGUUGGAGAUUGUAGAUGAUAAUGAUGCUAUAUCUAGCCGUAUAGUUCAACCUUUACCUGUACAGUACAGUAGAUAACAAGUGUAUUAUUGUAACAAUAACUAGUCAUGUAUAGUGUAUCUAUAGUUUGGAGUGCCUUUGCUUUCAUACACCUUCGCCUUGCCCCCUCACUUCCUACCCCCUUCCACAACAUGACCUUGCAUCCCUCUUAGGUGCCGUUUAAUGACUUGCUGCCCCCCUCUGAGCUCAGUUUCAGUCUAGCGUUGUACCAAUGUUAGAUCAACUUUAGCAUUUUCUCUUUCUCUGUAUGUACACAUUCUCCUUGGUGUCAACAUGUCUUAUUCAUCCUCUGUUUUCCCUAUGUUAAGGUUAUGACAAAUCUGUAAAAACAUACAUAUAUUGUUCGAGAUUAUUGACCUGAUUUGAAGCAAUGUUUGCUUGAGUUAAAUGUUUAUGAUUUCACUAGGAUGCACAAAUAUUUUACACACACGCACACUGUAUCCAGGGUUUAAGUAUGGGAAUGAUUGUCUUUUUAGAUCAACAGUGUCAUAUACAUUAGAGUACAGUAUGUAUUCAGUCAAAAUGUUGCUUCUGGUAUCAAAGCCAUUAAGCCAAUUGAUGAUAUUGAUUUUGUGACAAGCCAUUCUCAGAGGAAAUGCAGUACAUUCUUUUCCUUCCCUCCCUCCGUCUGAGAGAUAUUCAGUAUCACCCAAGGGGUUUGUCAUGCCUCACACCCGUCCCGCUUGCUGUAAUAUUUGCUUUCAUUGACGCGUUGCUCUCUAUCCCAUCACCAGGUCUGUGACCACUCCCCAACUCCAGUUCAACCAGAGUGAACCAUGUCAAAUCACACCAAAACAUUUUCAAACAGUUACCAAAAAAAAGAACAAGGAUAGUGGACUAUAAAAUAUACAGACUAUGGCUUCGCACACACUCUUGUGGCAGAAGAAUAUGCUAUCUGGAUUUAAAGAAAAAAAUUAAAGAUAAAAGCCCUGUAUAACAAUACUACUAGUACUACUUGAAUGCCUCUGUUUGUGACUGACAUUUUUAUUUCAUUUUGAAAUAUUUGUUUUUAUUCUGUGAAGGUAUGCUAAAUGUUCACCCCUGUAAAUACUUUCCCUUGCGUGCCCUGAGGAAUAGUUCCCUGGUACUGUCAUUUGCAUUAAAUAAAGAGUAGGAUAGCCUGGAAAUGAA